AUGGGCGGCAGCUGGUGCACGUCGCGCAGCCAGUGCAUGGUGCGCGCGCAGACCAGCCUCGGCUCCACGCGCCCCUGGCCCGAACCCGGCUCCAAAAGCUUCUUCGCUAAAAGUAAGCCCCGAAUAACGCGUGUGAGGUGUGUGCGCGCUGCGACGGCGGCGGUGUGUGUGCGCGCGCAGAUGAACGAAUUUGGCGCGGGCUUUGCGGGCAUUCUGAGCCGCAAGGGGCGGGAGAACCCCACGUUCAACGACUGGAACGCUGUGCUCGUUGUCUACUGCGACGGCGGGCUCUACGCCGGCGCGCGCGGCGCGUACACCGCCAACCUGACGAGCCCGUUCUUCCUCGAAGGCCACGCGUCACUCGCCAGCGUCAUUCACGACCUGCGGUUGCGCGGGCUGGGCUCGGCGCGCAACGUGCUGUUCAGCGGAUGCUCCGCGGGUGCGCAGGCCGUGGCGAUGACGUGCGACGCCAUGGCGCGCGCGCUGCCGUCCGCCUCCGUCAAGUGCCUCAUGGACGCGGGCUUCUUCCUCGACACGCCGGACAUCCAGGGGCGGCUGACGUGGCGGCAGAGCGUGGAGCGGCUGUUCAAGUUCCACCGCAUGGGGCUCGGCAUCCCCCCUGCCUGCCGGCAAGGUGCGCAUUCACCUGCACUUCCCCCCCCUCUCCUCGACUCCCCUCCACUCUCCACCUCCACACACGCCCUUCCAUCCCCCCCGCACCCGCCCAACCCCACGCACGCCUUCUCCUACCCCCACUCGCCCCUUCCUCCUUUUCCCCCCUCAGCACACGCGCAGCAGCCCUGGAAGUGCCUCCUCCCCCAGUACAACCUGCCCUUCCUCCGCACGCCCCUCAUGGUGGUCAACAGCCUACAGGACGAAAUAGCAGUCAAGAUGACCUUCGCGCCUCCCUUGUUUUCCCCUCUCUCUCCCCCUUUCCCACACACAGCACAUGCACAGCAGCCGUGGAAGUGCCUCCUCCCCCAGUACAACCUGCCAUUCCUCCGCACGCCCCUCAUGGUCGUCAACAGCCUACAGGACGAGAUAGCAGUCAAGAUGACCUUCGCGCCGCCGCUCAUCAACGGCACAGUCCGCGUCCAAAAGUGCAUCGACAACAGCCCACUCUGCCCCGCACCCUACCGCACCGCAUUCCACCUCUACCAGAGCCGGCUGGCGCGGACAGUGCUGGCGAUACAGCGAGCGAAGCGGCGGCAGGGCGUGUGGUUUGAGUCGUUUCUGAUGAACUCAACCUCUCACUGCUCUGCGGUGUAUGGAGAAUGGGUGGGGAAGGUGGACGUGCUGGGACGGCAGCUGCCGCGGGUGGUGGAGGAGUGGUUUUUCCAUGGGAGGGGUGGCGGAGCUGGGGGGACGGGUGGGUUGGCGGGGAGCGGUGGGGUGAAGCGAGGGGGGAACGGCACAAGGGCUGGUGGUGUGGGUGCAGGGAAAAGUGGUGGGGGGAGACGGGGGGCAGGUGGUGCAGGCGCGGGGGCAGGUGGUGUGGGGAAAGGGGGCGCGGGGGCAGGUCAAAAGGGGUACAAGGGGGGGUGGAGGGGGAAGAGGCCCGUCCCCCGCCCACCGAAGGCCCCUGGCGUGCAAGCAGGCAGUGCAGGGUCGGUAAAACUCCCCUCCAAGAGGGGGGCUGAUCAGAUGGGGGCGGGGGGGAGCCAGGGCGGAGAGAAGGGCGCGGGGGGAGCAGCAGGGAAGGGGCAGCAGCAGCAGGGGGCGGGAAAGAACGCUGUGAAACGGCCUGGGACAGGCAUUGGGAAGGGACCUGGAGGAGGGGGAGGGCCAGGGGCAGGGAAGGCGCCCAGAGUGGGGGGGGGAGGGGCAGGGAAGGCGCCGGGAGGGCAGAGAGGAGCACUGUGGCCCGGUGUGAGGGGUGUACGAGGUAAGGGGCGAGGUGGGUUGGCACGGACGAGCGGUGAGGAGGAGAUAAGGAGGAGGUCGCAUGGAGGAGGGGGGAAGAGUGGGAGGAGGAAGAAGGGGAAGGGGGGGAGGAGAGGAAGGAAGAGUGGGAAGAGGAGAGGGGGGAAGAGUGGGGGGAAGAGUGGGAGGAAAGGAGGAGGGAAGAGUGCGGGGAGGGGAGUUGGUAGCAGAGAGGGGGGAAGGCGGAGUGAGGUGCGUAACAGUGGGCCUGAAACGGUGAUAGUGACGGAGGAAUGA